CAUGGCGGAGCACAGGGCGAUUCACGUCGGCGCAUUCAGCGAUGGCGAUCCGGCGGCAGCAUGCAAGGUGGUGAUGACUCCCACUCCAGUGCCAGGACGCGGUCAGGUGCUGCUCAAAGUGCUGUGCCGCCCGGUGAAUCCCUCGGACGUCUUGUGCAUCCAAGGGAGGUACUCCGGCGUUCCCAAGGAGUUUCCCUUCGUUCCUGGGCUUGAAGGGAUGGGAGAAAUCCGAGAGCUUGGGGACGGAGUGACCGGUUUUUCAAGGGGGCAGCGAGUGUUCCAUAUCUUUCCAGGCGCAGGAUCAUGGCAAGAGUAUGCUCUCGUCCCGGCUGCAGACAUCAUUCCCAUUCCGGACGUGAUUUCGAACGAGAUCGCCGCUCAGUUUUUCGUGAAUCCUUGGUCAGCGUUUGGAAUGCUGGAAGUUCUUGGCGUCCCGGAGGGAGAAUACGUGCUGCAAACAGCUGCUGGAUCAGUGCUGGGAAGGAUGUUUAUCCAGCUAGCGCAUCAUCGAGGAGUCAAGACCAUCAACCUUGUUCGUCGGGACGAACAGAAGGAAGAGCUCAAGGCCAUUGGCGCUGACGAGGUCAUCAAUCUCAAGGACGAAGGCAUUGUGAAGCAAGUGAGUGAAAUCACGGGUGGUAAAAUGGCCUACGCCGCCAUCGACGCUGUUGGAGGUGAAGUAACAAAAGUGGUGUGCUCGAGUGUGAGACCCAGAGGAACAGUGCUCUCUUACGGUGCGCUCGAUGGCAAAAUGGACGCUCACGCCGAUGUGCGCGACCUUAUCAAUCGACAAGUCAAGCUACAUGGGUUCCAUCUGUCAAGGUGGGUUGACACAUUCGAUGCUCCCGGCGUUCGCAAGGUCGCCGAUACCAUCUUCGAGCUCAUGGCCAAGGGAGUUAUGGUUCCCCUUGUUGGGGAGAAGUUCCCUCUCGAGAGAGCAAAAGAAGCGAUUCGUAAAAGCCUGUCUACUGCUCGAGGUGGGAAAGUUUUGUUGGUCAGCUCUUAGAUGAGCCACACGGACAUUUUUGCUAUGAAAAGUUCUUGUGAAUCUUGAGAGUUCGAUAGAGGUGAAACCCAUGGAAUCGACAGAGUAACUUUUCUCU